AUGGCCGGAGAAACGAACGGCAGUGCUCGCGAAAUGGAAAUAGAGAACAAUAGUCAAGACACGACAGCGGACCAGAGCCACAUGGAAUUCGAUGAGAACAGCGGCAAGACGCUGUGUCAAGCUGGCCCGUGGUUCCAAGCAAUCAAGUGGAAGCAGAACGUGAUAAUUGCCAGCACCACAGACGAGAACUACGCACUCAAGCUCGGUUCCAUCAACGGCAUCGAACUAGGGGCAGUCACAUACGAGAUGACACCGUACAUCAAACUGCUCCCAGGAACAGUAUUCGUCUUGCUUGUGAUCACCCUUGUUGUGUCCUCUGCCAAUGCGGGCUACCACUACGGCGGUUAUGGCGGUGGCGGCGGUGGUGGAGGCGGCGGCGGUCUUGGAUACGGAGGAGGUGGAUACGGCGGCCAUGGCAAGAAGAUCAUUGUCAUCAGUCACCACGGAGGAUACGGCGGUGGUGGCGGCGGCGGCGGAGGUGGUGGUGGUGGCGGCUACGGUCAUGGCUGGUGGUAG